GGACAGAAUUACUCGUCGCUUGUGCUGUGGACGACGUGGAUGCAAGAGCUCAAAACGUAAGCUGAAUUCUAAAUGAAAUUGAAGAUUUUAACAACUCUGUCGGUUAUAAUUGCGACAUUUUUCAAUAUGUCUGUUGAAGCAAGUGAUUCUGGCAAAUCCGACCGAAAACUAUACAAUUCAGUCAUUUCCGCUGACUACGAUGAUGCAACCAAAAGAUGCGAGCAACUGAUAUCCGAACCGAAUGGUUCGUACAUCAUAAAGAACACAGUUACCGAGCUGCUUAAAAAUGCCGAAUCUAACACAAUUAAUUUCUCUUACAAACUAUGGACCACUGGGCACCAAAAUAUAGUUCAAAGUUGUUUCCCAUUAGAGUUCAGACUGAUACUAGACGAUAAGAAGGACUGUAAAAUUAUUAACAAGCAUGACGAUCUGUACAUGACUCUGAGCAAGGAUCUAGACCAAAAUGGUGAUAGAGACGCAUAUGGCGACGAGGACGACCAUAAGAACAGUUGGAAGUUUAUGUCCUCGUGGGAAUCGAACAGAGUCUAUUUCAAAAUCUUUAACCCGAAAUACAAUCAACGUUUGAAAAUGGGUGAUCCUGUGAAGGACGAUGAGCGUAGAGUGUUCUCAUCUGACGAUGCUACAGACAGCACAAGUCAAUGGUACCUGCAGGCGAUGAAUCACAAAGGCGACCUUUUAUUUUUCAUAUUCAAUCGCAGAUACUCGCAGGCCCUGAAGAUCGGUAAGGACGUUGUGAACAACGAGGAUUUCAGGAUAUAUGGCGAGAGCGAAGAUGCUGCCGAGAAGCCACAUUAUUUCGGUUGGUUAAUUGAGCCAAUGUAAUAAUAACACAUCUAGUGUUCAUUAAUCACUAACAGCCCAAGAUAUUGUUUAAUUUUAUAUAUUACACUUGCUAUUCUGUUCAAUAUUGAUUUAAUGGAUUAGGCAAAAGCUCCCCAAUAGCUAUCAAACGAAAGAGAUUCGGUCUUUAAAGGAGCAUGAUGGAGAAUAGUGAUCAACUGUUUUGGACAUAGUCCAUUUAGUUAAGUAAUAAGGGUGUUUAAAACUUUAACCAUCGAUGGUCGGUGAGGUCCAAAAUUCGGUUAAUGAGCUAUUGGUCUAUAACGUUUUAAAUGUUCACAUAGAUGCCCGCCUGUGAACAAAAUUGAACAGAAAAUAAUUAUUUCACAUUUAUGCUUACAGAAGAAAAAAAUGUUUAAAAAAAAAUAUAUUUAUUGAUUUAUAUAUAUCAAUAAAUAACAACUCAAAUAAAAUUAGCAUUUGUAAACAGUGUAUCAUUAAAAAAUAGUUUGUAAGAUGAUUAUAUUAAGGAAAAAGAUGAUUUUUGUGUUUAUAUUAAUUGUGAAACAGAGAACUAAAAAUUAAAUUUUUUAUUUUACUU